AUGCCCUCAAUCAAGCCGGUCCUCCCUCCUCUAAAAACGCCCAACAACAUCACCUUCCCCUCCGAGCUUCAUGAUGACUUGAGCUCCAACUCUAGCCGAAACGAAGACAGCUCGUCGACGCCUAUAACCCCUCCUACUGCCUACACAGAUUUCUUGAAGGCCUUCACACCUAUCUUCUCAAGCCCGACGAGUGCCGAAGGGGUGGACUUUUCAAAGUACAAGUUCGAGGGACGCCCAGUUUAUUCUCCGAGGUCACAGCCAGCAAGCGCAGUCAGUGGCUCAUUCAACUUCAACGAGCCCGCAAGGUCUGCUACGACCUCACUUCCACCGCCGACUCCUUAUGCGCCUCCCCAUCCUCGACGGGAACUCAGCAACCUGCGGCGCCUGCGCAUCCCGCCUGCGCUUAGGUACUCGCCAACCACGGCGGAGCCACCUAGGAGCGCAAUGAGCGCUCGCUCACCAUAUUCGCCUGCGGACUGGCGACAACGCUACUUUGAUGCACCACGGAGUGCACUCCCUCGAAGCUCUAGCUCGAAUCAUCACAAGAUGAGCGUGCGACAUGUCAUAACACAUACCAUCACAUACAAGACAACAGAGCUUGAUGCCCCACCCAAGGGGAAGCGGAGGAAGCAUAACCACGCCCGCGAAGAAUCCAAGUGA